UGUGCGGAGCAUCCCGGAAGCGGAACCGGUUCCACUCAGCCGCGGAGCAUUGUGGUGUGGCGCCGUUGAUGGAGGAAGGAACGGUGGUGGGAAGUGCCGCUGCGGUGAGGGCUUGUAAGCCCCGGAGCGGGGAGCGCUUGGGACCCCUGGGGGUCUCGUUACCCCCUGGCCCCGUCAUGUUUUUCAACAAGAUCCCCCCGCGGUGGCUGAACUGCCCGAGGCGGGGACAUCCCGUGGCAGCAAGAUUUUUACCUCUGAAGACCAUGUUAGGACCAAAAUAUGAUGAUCAAGUUGCUGAAGAGUAUCGUUUCCAUCCCAGUAUGUUAUCAAACUACUUAAAGAGUCUUAAGGUUAAGAUGGGUCUGCUGAUUGAUUUGACAAACACCACUAGGUUUUAUGACAGGAAUGAUAUAGAAAAAGAUGGCAUCACAUAUAUAAAGCUUCCAUGUAAAGGACAUGGUGAAUGUCCCAAUGUUGAGAACACAGAAGCAUUCAUUCACGUGUGUGAACUUUUUAGCAAUAAGAACCCAACAGAGCUUAUAGGUGUUCACUGUACACAUGGUUUCAAUCGUACUGGUUUUCUUAUCUGUGCCUUUCUGGUUGAGAAACUGGACUGGAGUAUUGAAGCAGCAGUGGCUACUUUUGCUCAAGCCAGGCCACCUGGUAUUUAUAAAGCUGAUUAUUUGAAAGAACUCUUCCGUCGUUAUGGUGAGGCAGAGGAUGCACCACCUCCUCCUCCAUUACCGGAAUGGUGCUUCGAUGAAGAUGAUGAAGAAGAAGAGGAUGAUAACUGUAAACCAGGAACCCCUGAAUCAGAAGCUGGCUCUUCAGCAUCCUUUUCUGCCAAAAGAAGAAAAGAACACUUGAAGCUGGGUGCAACAUUCUUGGAAGGAAUAACAGUUAAACAUGUAACCCAAAUAACAACUCAACCAAAACUAAGAGACAUUCAACAGAAAUGCCAGCAGUUUUGUGGUUGGAACAGGACCGGAUUUCCUGGGGCCCAGCCAGUUUCUAUGGAUGAGCAAAAUAUUAAACUGUUGGAGCAGAAGCCAUACAAAGUGAGCUGGAAAGCAGAUGGAACUAGAUAUAUGAUGUUGAUUGAUGGCAAGAAUGAAGUGUAUAUGAUAGACAGAGAUAACUCUGUAUUUCAUGUAUCUAAUCUGGAGUUUCCAUUUCGUAAAGAUCCACGUGCCCAUUUAGAAAAUACUCUCUUGGAUGGGGAAAUGAUUAUUGACAAAGUGAAUGGCCAGGUUGUCCCUCGGUAUUUGAUAUAUGACAUAAUAAAGUUCAACGGACAGCCAGUUGGAGACUGUGAUUUUAAUGUUCGUCUGUCAUGUAUAGAAAGAGAGAUUAUAUUCCCCCGACAUGACAAAAUGAAGAUUGGCCAAAUUGACAAAGCAAAAGAACCUUUUAGCGUUCGGAACAAGCCGUUUUUUGACAUCCAUGCAGCAAAGAAGCUUCUUGAAGGAAAUUUUGCUAAAGAAGUCAGUCAUGAAAUGGAUGGACUAAUUUUUCAGCCUAUAGGAAAAUACAAGCCUGGACGAUGUGAUGACAUUUUGAAAUGGAAGCCACCCAGUCUGAAUUCAGUGGAUUUUCGUCUAAAAAUAACAAGAGUUGGUGGAGAAGGGCUUCUCCCACAGAAUGUUGGAUUGCUUUAUGUUGGAAAUUUUGAUAGACCUUUUGCACAAAUUAAGGUAACGAAAGACUUAAAGCAAUAUGACAAUAAGAUUAUAGAGUGCAAGUUUGAGAACAACAGCUGGGUCUUCAUGAGGCAAAGGAUAGAUAAAAGUUUUCCAAAUGCUUACAGCACUGCAAUAGCUGUGUGCAACAGCAUACGAUAUCCUGUGACAAAGGAAAUCCUGUUUGAAUUCAUUGACAAGUGUACAGCGGCAACUCCAGAACAGAUACGUAAACGUCAUAUGGAUCCCGACACUGUACUUAUGCCACCACCACCUCCUAAAAGACCAUUACCAUAAUCUGCUACUGAAGACCAAGAUAUUAGCAUAUUGUUUACACUUUUACAAGAUGGUGGGUGUGGAUUAAAAAAAAUCUGGAAGAAGAUAUUAUAAAUAUUUUGUAAAUACUUAAGUGCAUUUUUUUGGAAUGCCACAUUAUGGACUUGGAUUUGUUCUGUUCUUAACAAGUUGAACAUUGUGUUGCAGAAUUUGAAAAGAUUUAAUCCAAAGGGUUAGAUAACUGUGAAAUCAGUAGAAAGACGGCUUGUUUGAUAGGCAUUUUCUAAAUUUAAUGUUUUAUACUAGCAAUUUGGAACUGUGAAGCCACAACAGAUGCUUCCCGUUUUUUUUACAAGUGAUGUUUCAGAUACAGUGGUGUUCCUUUUAACCAAUUAAAAGUUGUGUUUUGUUUCAUUUAGCAUAGUUCUGUGUAUCUUAGCGUCAUGUUUAAAAAGCAGCAAAUGGUCAUGCAGUGAAUUGUUUAUCAAAGUUUAACCAUUUGAAGAAACAACCUAUUUAUAUUAAAGAUGUUAUACAAGUCACAGGUAAAUGCCCUUUUAGGUGGGUUUUUAGUUUGAACAAAUUCAUCUGCUGAAUCAGUUUUAAUCUUGUAUUUUAGGUUUUGCAUACUGGUAGAUAAGAACAAUGCUUGAUUUGAAAAGAAAAGUUUAGUAUUUUGUACAAAUAGUUGUAAAUGGGUAUCAGAAGUUGUGCAUCAUGUUAAUGUACUUAAAAGACCAUGUUAAUGACAUUGUAUUAAUACCGUUGAAAACGAAUGGUGAAAGAUGUUUUGGAUGACAGAUAGAAGUAGCAUGUAGCCUCUAUUACAGAGAGAGCAGUCUGUUACAAAAAUGCAUAGAAAAGACCAUAUUUUGAUAAAUGUACUACUAUGGGGCCCCAAACAUCCUCUUAAGAUUUACAAAUUAAGAAGCAGAUUAAAAGAAUGGCAAUAGCAUUGUUAUCCACUGUUUUAUUUUUGUUUUUGAAAAAUAUGAAUCAGGUAAUCUUGUUGGAUUUUGUUAGAUUACAACAAUAAAUAGUUGUUCUUUCACUGCUGCUUUUUAUGGACACUGAGCUGUUGUUAUAUGCUUAAAAUGUAAAAUGUGAUAAUAAGCAUUUUCAGAUGUUAACUAUAAAUAAAUAAAUAGUAUUUUGA